GUAAGUAAACAUGUUAUGUGUACGAGACGACCAGCGCCUGACACAGUGCCGUCAGUCAUGGCGCUGAGGGCGGCGCCCCCCAGGCGGCUCAGGGGCAAGAGGCUGGCUGCUCUACUGGCGGAAAGUGACAAUGAAUCUGACAGUGACACCAGUGACGAGCGUACGAGCGCGUCCCUGGACCUGAGUAACAGCGACCCCGAGGACAGUGAAGACGCUGGAGGGAGGAGAGCCAGCAAGCGGCGGGCCUCGAGAGUGUCAAGAUCUAACGUGGAGUCGGACUCGACCAGUGAUUAUGAGUACGAGGAGAGUGGCGGUGAUGGCGGGAGGUGGAGUGGUAGGAAGAGGGCGAGGGGGCGAGGGCGAGGUGUGAGGGGCAGCCGCCCCCCCUCGCCUCACACUCCACAGUGGACUUGGGAGGAUGAUGAGCCAUUCCUGCCUCAGGCAUACACCUUUGAUGAGUCUAAUGUCGGUAUGAAUACAAGUAUAACUUUCGAUGACGAGUGCUUAGAACUUAGUAUUUUUACCAAGUUCAUAAAUGAAUCCCUAAUUGAUAGGGUAGUGGAGCAUACUAAUUCUUAUUUUGAGUCUCUGGCAGCUAACAAUGAUUUCUUACCCACCUCACGCAUGAAAAGAUGGAAACCAACAAAUAGAGAUGAAAUAUAUAUAUUGCUUGCGGUGUUAAUGCUGAUGGCACACGGGAAGAAGCCCUCCCUGACAGACUACUGGUCACGGGAUCCUCUCAUUGAAACUGGAAUGUUUGCCAAGCUCAUGUCGCGAGAUCGCUUCCUUUUACUCAUGAAGUUGCUGCAUUUUGUGGACGCUAAGACUGAUCCCAAAGAUGACUCUCUGUUUAGGAUCAGGCCGGUAUAUUCCGCGCUAAAAUCAAAGUUCGGCGAAAUGUUCCGGCCUUCGCAAAAGCUCGCAAUUUAUGAAAGUUCGAUGCUGUGGAAAGGGAACAUGUUGUUUAAUGAGUAUAUCCCAUCAAAAAGAAAUAGAUUUGGGCCAAAAAGCUUUAUUGUUUGUGACUGUAAAACUGAGUACAUUUUGGACAUCCUUCUCUACACGGGCGAUUCCACUGAGCUGACGAGGUCCGACGACCUUGGCGUCUCGGGUUCGGUAGUUCAAACACUAAUGGAAAAUUACCUAGACAAGGGGCAUAUCUUAUACUUGGACAGAUGGUAUUCGAGUCCUGUACUGUUUGCUUAUCUUGUGGAACAUAAGACUGGAGCUUGCGGCACCGUUAACUCCAACAGAAAGUUCAUGCCAACAUUUAAAAAGAAACUGAAAAAAGGGGAGUGUCAGUCUUUUCAUGCAAACAACAUCUUGGCCCUCAAGUGGCGCGGCAAGAGAGAUGUGUGUAUGUUAUCCACCGUAAACUCUGACACGAUGGAACGCAGUAAUAAAAAAGAUCGCUUAACUGAAGAGUAUAAAAAGAAGCCUUGUGCAGUUUUAGACUAUAAUGUAAACACACACCGUGUGAACGAUAUGCAAAUUGUAGAGUCGAUCCGGAAAACAGCAAAGUGGUACAAUAAAUUCUUUCUUCAUUUAGUAAAUAUAGCUUCCUUAAAUAGCUACAUCUUGUUCAGUAUCAAAACAGGAGAGAAGCCCCAUGUUACUGAUUUUCUUAAGAAACUUAUUCAUCAAUUGAUAAAGAAAUACUGUCACAGUCACGAACACCCCCCACCCAGAAGGAGUAGAGAUCCCAGCACCAUUGAAAGACCAGUUGCACUACGUCUGACGGGACGUCACUUUAUUCGUUACCUGCCCGAGACCCAAAAGAAGCAGUUUUCAACCAGGAGUUGUUACCUGUGUCGUACUACUACUAUGGCACCUCAGAAAAGAAAAGAGACACGCUAUUGGUGUGAACCUUGCAAUAAAGCCUUAUGCAAGGUACCGUGUUUUGAGGUGUAUCAUACCCAAAAGGUGCUAUAAAUACAUAAUUGCAUGACUCAAUAUUAAAACAAAUAUUAUUUAUGCAAUUUGGACAAUUUUAUUUUAUUGUACAGUAUUUUAGAAAAUAGUAAAUGCAUUUUUCAUUAUUAGAAAAAAUAAGCUAUCGAGAGCUAUCUUUAUUUAAAUUACUGUUUUUAAGAUAUUUAAAAUAUUGCUAUAUAUACUGUACUGUACUCUGAUUUAUGAAAAAAAAUUAAAUUUAUUUAUCCUGCAUAAGUGAAACAAAAAUAUUGCAUGGAAAGAAUUUAAAUUGCCACAUUACUGGAUAUAGAUUUCGGAGAGUGUGAAGGGAAUCCAUAUUUAACGCUACCUUUCCUAUAGAGUGGUUUCAAAUUCAACGAGACAUGGAAUGUGGUGAAAAUGUUGACAAGUGUCUUGGCUAUAUUGUAAAUUAAUCUGUCAAGUGUCAACACAUAUCCAAUUUAUGGUGGACAGCUGUACAGAAAGCAGCCUUUGAAGGAUCUUCAAGUGAUGGUAGUUCACCUUAAUGACUACUGUAAUGAAUCCAGGACAGGACAGUGAGUUCGAGGAGGAGGACCACUACAAGUAAGGCCAAUACGACGACGCUUUGGCUUCUCCUUCAGUUGCUUCAAGAUUACCUAAACAAACAUGGCUAACAUUGAUAAAAAUUAUUUGUUAUUAAUUUAAAAGUUUAUAUAUAAAGUACAAAUAUCAAACUGCUACAGUAUGUUAGGAAAUCACUGUAAUUGACAUAAAUAAUUCUCUGAAAGGCACAUAUGCAUGUAAUUAAUUUCCAAGUGGUAAUGCUGUACGUAUAUGAAAAGAUUCUUUAUUUUUCAAUAAAGAAAUGGAAUGCAAAA